UCACAUUCAAAGUAUACUAAUUAUAUUAAUGAGAUACCAAACUAUCACGUCUCUCUGCCCCUCCAUUUUAUCCUCUCCUCUCAUUCCAAUCUCAAAAUACUGAGAGAGAGAGGGCGACACUGCCUGGAAAGAGAGGCGGCUAAGAAGAAGCAAGAACAACCCCAUGGGAGACACAGCAGAGAAUAAGAUCAUGGAAGAGACUCUUUUAAUCAAAGAAAUUAGAGAUCGCGAUGAUUCCUUAUCAAAUCUAACAUGGCACGUGUUCAGUCAAGAAGUGAAAAAACUGGGUUACAUAGCAGGACCCAUGGUGGCUGUGACUCUUUCUCAGUACCUUUUGCAAUUUGUUUCCAUCAUGAUGGUUGGUCAUCUUGAUGAGCUUGCUCUCUCUAGCACCGCCAUAGCCAUUUCUCUAGCUAGCGUCACUGGUUUUAGUCUUCUUCUGGGGAUGGCAAGUGCAUUGGAAACUUUAUCUGGACAAGCUUAUGGAGCUAAGCAAUAUCAAAAACUGGGAAUUCAAACUCAGACUGCUAUAUUCUGUUUAAUCCUAGUUUGUAUCCCUCUUUCUGUGAUAUGGAUAAACGUGGGAAACAUACUUAUUUUCAUUGGCCAAGAUCCCAAAAUUUCACAUGAAGCUGGUAAAUUUAUAACGUCGCUAAUUCCUGCACUCUUUGCCUAUGCAACUCUUCAGCCUCUUGUUCGAUACUUUCAGGCACAAAGUUUGAUUUUCCCUAUGGUCCUAAGCUCUUGUGGGACUCUUUGUCUCCAUAUCCCUCUGUGUUGGGCUUUAGUGUUCAAGUCAGGACUAGAAAACCUUGGAGCAGCAUUAGCAAUGUGUAUUUCAAAUUGGACGAAUGUAAUUUUUCUUGGACUAUACAUGAAGUACUCCUCUGCCUGUGCCAAAACACGUGCCCCAAUUUCUAUGCAGUUACUCCAUGGAAUCGGAGAAUUCUUUCGCUUUGCUAUACCUUCUGCAGUAAUGAUCUGCCUUGAAUGGUGGUCAUUUGAGCUGCUUGUGUUGCUCUCAGGACUCUUACCAAAUCCAGAGCUUGAAACGUCAGUCCUAUCUGUUUGUCUCACAAUUAUUUCUACACUCUAUGGAAUUCCAUAUGGAUUUGGUGCUGCAGCAAGUACUAGAGUCUCAAAUGAAUUAGGAGCAGGAAACCCACAAGCAGCACGUAUUGCUGUUUAUGCUGUGUUGUUUCUUGUAAUUGUGGAGACGACUGUAUUCAGUGCUACCCUCUUUGCCAGCCGCCGCGUUUUCGGUUAUGUUUUCAGCAACGAAAAGGAAGUAGUGGAUUAUGUCACAACUAUGGCUCCUCUGGUUUGUCUGUCAGUAAUAUUGGACAGCUUACAAGGGGUGCUUUCAGGAGUUGCAAGGGGGUCUGGAUGGCAGCACAUAGGAGCUUAUAUAAACCUGGGGGCCUUCUAUCUAUGUGGGAUUCCAGUUGCUGCAAUAUUGGGAUUCUGGGUGAAGUUAAGAGGAAGGGGCCUUUGGAUUGGAAUACAAGUUGGUGCCUUUACACAAACAGUUCUACUUGCUAUUGUAACAAGCUGCACAGAUUGGAAAAGACAGGCAAGCAAGGCAAAGGAAAGGUUAUUUGAAGGAAGAUCUUUAGUUGACAAUGCAAUAAUGUGAAUUAAGAGACAAUGGAGUAAUGAGGUAAAAAACACAAAGAAUUAAUGCUGAGUUACCCAAAUGCAAUUGAUGGAUUAAUAUUGUACUGAGGGAUUGUAUAAUAUUCUCUUUUGGGGUGUGGAAUUAACCUAUCCAUCUCCCAUUUGGAGUUUAAAAAAAAUGUAUGGAUAGUUGUCUUGUAAGAGAGAGAGAACUGUUUUUAGUUCAAUAAUAUCGGAGACUACUUUAUUUUUGACACAAA